AUGGCGUCCAAGGCGAUGUGGGAGGUCGAUCCCGAGACCAGGAGUAAACUCGCACAACUGGGCAAAAAGGAGGGUGCUGGUAACGACAAGUGUUGCGACUGCGGCGCCCCUUCACCGCAAUGGGCAUCCCCUAAAUUCUCCACCUUCAUCUGUCUGCAAUGCGCCGGCACGCACCGCGGACUCGGAGUGCACGUGUCGUUCGUGCGCUCCGUGUCCAUGGACGCCUUCAAGCAAAACGAGAUCCUUCGCAUGCAGUACGGCGGCAACAAAGCGUGGCAAGACUAUUACAACAAGAACGCACCGAUUCCCUUCGACGAAGCGACCAUCAAAGAGCGGUACGACAGCGAAAUCGGCGAGGAGUGGAAAGAGCGCUUGACGGCGCAGGUUGAGGACCGCGAAUUCGACAAGACCGCUUUCCUGAAGGAGCGCCAGGCGAUACUCGCAAAGCAGGCGAGUCGUUCGGCCACGCCUGCGGGCGGAGUCAGAAGCGGUGCCGGCGGUGGGAAGCAACCGGGCAGUUCAGCUGCGUCGAGGACAGCCAGUCCCGCACCCUCGAAACCGAGUCGGAUCACGGCCGAGCAGAAGAGUCAGAAUGAAGCAUAUUUCUCGCGGAUGGGUGAGGCCAACGCGGCGAGGCCGGAGGGCCUGGCUCCCAGCCAGGGUGGGAAGUAUGCAGGUUUUGGGAGUGCGCCUCCUGAGCCUCAGUCACAAAGUGGCGGUCUGCCCACGGCCGAUGAUUUCUCGCAGAAUCCGAUCGGCGCACUGACGAAGGGGUUCGGAUGGUUCACCACCACAGUCUCGAAGCAGGCCAAGGUCGUCAAUGAUUCUUACAUCCAGCCGACGGCGAAGAACCUCGCCUCCUCAGACUUCGCAUCCCAAGCACGCACAGCGGCAUUCACUGCUGGCCAAGGCAUCACCAGUGGCGCCAAAGGCGCAGCCGAGACCUUCAACCGGUUCGUCGAGGGCCAGGACGAGAAAGCCAGCUCGGCAGCUUCGAACCGGCGACACGUCGAACCCGAGCGGAAAGAUUUCUGGGACAGCUUCGGCGAGCCCACGGAGAACACUAGUGCCACGACGAAAAAUAGCAGCAUUGGUACCAGUGCGAUGAAGAAGACGACUACUCCACAGGCCAAUCCGCCGCUCAAGACCAAGGAUGAUGGCUGGGGUGAUGAUUGGUGA